AUGGAGAACACGAAAAAUCUAACCAUAGGUCACGUCUUCUCAAAAAACAAGAGCGUGGGCUGGUAUGACAAGACAGGCCCCCACCUCCAGCCAGAGGCACGCGAGUUGCUUGAAAGGUACUCUGGCAUCCCAUCAGAGAGCGUCCUUGGCCAUAUCCUAGCUAUACGUGAUCAAGCCUGGGAAGUGUAUGCGUAUCCCUGCAUUGGCCAAUUCCGCUUCCUGGAUCUCAGCAUGAUUCGUCUGCCGAUCUAUCCACAGAUCUUAUCGAGAUUGAAAUCCGGGGCGAAGCUACUUGACGUUGGGUGUUGUCUUGCUCAAGAUAUCCGGAAGUUGGUAUACGAUGGUGCACCAGCGGAUAGCUUAUACGGGGCCGAGCAGAAGUUCCCGUUCAUAGAUGUUGGCUACGAUCUGUUCAAGGACCGAGCGACGUUGAAAUCGACCUUCAUGCAGGCGGAUAUUCUGGAGGCAGACCCAGAGUCCCCAUUAAAUAGGCUGAAGGGGAGCGUGGACAUCAUACACCUUGGGAUGAUCUUGCAUGUCUUCAACCGAGAAGAGCAGCUCAUCGCUAUCAUGCGCUGUGUUGACAUCUUGAAACAGGAACCUGGGACACUGAUUGUUGGACAAGCUGUUGGCCAUACUGAAGGGAAGCUUGCGCAGGGUAUUGGAGGAUCAGAAAACUACUUCCAUAGCGACAAGACGUUCACGGAGCUUAUGGUGGAUAUUGAGGCAAUCACUGGCGCUAAAUUUCGUGUCGAGGCUGGAAUGGAUGCAGGUCUUGGCAUUGGUUCUGGGAGGCGGAAGUGGGAUACCGAUGACAAGACCCGAAGAUUGUUUUUUGAGGUUGAGAGAAUAGCUUGA